AUGUCUUCUACUGGUCAAACUUAUUUCAUCACUGGUGGUAAUAGAGGUAUUGGAUUCGAAUUAGUUCAUCAAUUUGCCGAAUUAAAUGACAAAAACAUUGUCAUUGCAACUACAAGAUCUCCAGCCAGAUCCGAAGAAUUAGUUGAAUUAGCUAAGAAGUUCACUAAUAUUCAUGUUAUUGAUUUAGAUGUUGGUGAUGAGAAAUCAAUUGAUACUAUUGAUGAUCAAUUAGAAAAGAUUGGAAUUAAAGGUAUUGAUACAUUUAUUUCCAAUGCAGGUAUUUCAACCUCAUUAGCACCAACUUUAGAGACUACUAGUGCCAUUUAUUUAAAUCAUUAUAAUAUCAACACUUUAGGACCAAUCUUAGUUUUCCAAAAGAUAUAUAAAUACUUAUUAGCAAAGGAAACUAGAAAGGCUAUUUUUGUUAGUUCAAUUGCAGGAUCUCUUACUAACUUUUUGCCAUUACAUACCACUGCUUAUGGUCAAUCAAAGGCCUCAUUGAAUUUCUCUCUUAUUCAAUUAGCUAAAGAAUUAGAAUCAGAAAAAUUCAUUGUUAUUCCAGUUCAUCCUGGUGCAGUUGCAACUGAUAUGGCCGAUGCUGCGAUUGCCCAUAUUAAGGAAGUUAAUCCUGAGUUUUAUGAAGCGGUUAAGGAUAGUAUGUUAACUCCAGAAAAGAGUGCUGAAGGUUUGGUUUCUGUGAUUGAAGGAUUCACAGAAAAGGAUAAUGGUAUCUUUUACGAUUAUAAAGGGGAAGUUUUAUCUUUUUAA